ACGGCGGAGACAAGUCAAAUACUGGUGCCGAUGGAGAAGAUGCGACCGGAAAAUAGGCCGACGAGCGCCGGAAAGACGACCGAAGAGCUACCGACGAGACCAAAGAACUUCUAGGCGACGAGGCAGAAGUGAAAAUAGUAUGAAAAGCGAUGGAACAGCGGCAAAAAAAGCGAUUUAAAAACGAUGGAACUCGCCGGAGACCCGCCGGAAACCUACGCGGCGCCAGAUCUCCGGCGAGUGCUAGGGUUAGGUCGUUUUUUGUAGAGAGAGGGCAGAGGGAAAAUUUUAGAGAGAGAUGUAAAUUUAUUCAACUACAUUGACUUAAGGAUGUCGAGAUUGUAUUAUGGUGUUAUCAACUUAUUAGGAUGGGGAAAAUAGAACAAAAAUCUUUGCAGCCCUGUUCAACCAAGAGGAAAAAAUUGAACAGGGAUGGGCUAAUAACUAUUGGAGAUGAGGCAAAGCGUGGCGAAAAUGAGUUGGAUUCAACAAGUCAAAUCAGUCAAUCAACAACGGAUGAAGUGAAAAUUGAGGAUGAGGAGGUUAAUUUAUGUUGCAUUCCUGUGUUGCAUACUUGUGGGAAUCCAGGUGCACGUGGAGGUGUAACGUUUAUUCUUGAGAAAGCUUCACUGACCCUUGCUUAUGUUGGAAAAAGGUACCAAAUACUAUCUUCAGAUGAGCACGCUGAUUAUUUACGAAAGAAGAAAUUGAAUCCUUAUGAUCACAGGCCGGACAUUGUCCAUGAGGCGCUCCUUCAAAUUAUGGAUAGCCGACUUCGUUUGGCUGGUAGGCUGAGAGCAGUGUACAUCCGCACAGAUGAAGGAAUUUUGAUCAAAGUAGAGCCGAAUUCUAUGAUACCUAGGACAUUAGGAAAUUUCUGCAAUAUGAUGGCUGAAUUACUGCAAACGCUUAGGAUCAAAGCCAAGGGUCACCAUAAAAAGCUUCUGCGUGUGGUGGCUAACCCUGUAUCCAAGUAUUUGCCUCCUAUGUCACGUAAGAUAGGUCUUUCAUUUAGUUCAGAGAAGGCUGUUCAGCUACGAGAGUAUGUCAGUGGUGUUAAUUGCAAUGAAGAUGUCGUGUUUGUGGUUGGUGCAAUGGCUCAUGGUAAAAUUGAAUGUGAUUAUAUUGAGGAUCUUGUAUCAGUUUCUCACCAUCGCUUAAGCUCUGCGGAUUGUUUGAGACAUAUAUGUAUCGCAAUGGAGAGGAAAUGGAGCAUAUGUUGAUGUUAAGUCUGCAUUCCUUAUUGUUUCCUAGACAACAUGUUUCAAAAAAAUCGAGCGGUGAUCUUGAUGGUGCUGAAGCAACUUUUGCUUGUCAAAGCAUGACAAACUGAAAUUCCAGUCCAAUGGAUGAGAGGGCUUUGGAUAACAUAAUUGUUUUGGGAGAAAAGCGAUGAGAAAUCAGUGUAAUUAUAUCUUAUUUAUCUGUAUGGUGGAAAAUGAGGUAGAGAUUUAGCAAGAAUUAGAAGUUAGAAUGGAGUUAUUUCAAAAAGAUGAAGUUAUGAUGCAGUGUUAUUUCACAAGUAAUACAUUAAUUAAUUAAUACUAUUUUAUAAAACCACGCAAAAGUUUAUAGUAA